GCAGUUCAGCGACUCUGACCUUCAUCGUAGAUGAACAUGUUGGCUAGGGCUGGCGCGGCGGUGUUUCUCCCGUCAUGUGGGCAGGUCAGGUCCAUGGCUACCCUGAAGGACAUCACCAUUCGACUGAAGUCUGUCAAGAAUAUCCAGAAGAUCACCAAGUCUAUGAAGAUGGUGGCCGCUGCCAAAUACUCAAGGGCCGAGAGGGCCUUGAAGCCUGCUCGUGUCUAUGGAACUGGUGCUCUGUCAUUGUAUGAGAAGGCUGACAUCAAGGCUCCGGAGGACAAGAACAAGCACCUGAUUAUUGGUGUGUCGUCUGACCGUGGGCUCUGUGGGGCCAUCCAUUCCAGUGUGGCCAAAACCAUGAAGAAUGAGAUCGCUAAGCUCACGGGCGCUGGCAAAGAGGUCAUGGUGGUUAAUGUGGGAGACAAACUCAGGGGCCUGCUCUACAGGACCCACGGAAAACACAUUCUCAUCAACUGUAAGGAGGUGGGACGGAAGCCCCCAACGUUCACUGAUGCUUCCAUCAUCGCCACAGAGCUGCUGGAUUCUGGCUAUGAGUUUGACCAGGGCUCUGUCAUCUAUAACCGAUUCAGGUCCGUCAUUUCAUACAGAACGGACGAAAAGCCCCUGUUUUCCAUGGAGACGGUUGCAAACUCAGAGAACAUGGGCGUCUAUGAUGACAUUGAUGCGGACGUGCUGAGGAACUAUCAGGAGUUCACUCUGGUCAACAUCAUCUACUACAGCCUAAAGGAGUCCACCACGAGCGAGCAGAGUGCCAGGAUGACCGCUAUGGACAGCGCCAGCAAAAACGCCUCUGAGAUGAUUGACAAGCUGACCCUGACUUUCAACCGCACGCGCCAGGCAGUCAUCACCAAGGAGCUCAUAGAGAUCAUCUCGGGAGCUGCCGCACUGUAAGCGCACGCUCCACAUCGGACCGCAGGCACUCACCCCUCUCUCUCCGUCUAUGAAGAGGACCCAUACAGACAGUUAUUGUUGCUGUGAUUUCCUGUUCAGUCUUCUGGUGUCAAGUUAAAGAAUAGUUGUACUCCGUUUGUAAGAUGAAUAAAUAAACCUUACAUUGAUUUGUCCAUCCA